ACCGCUGCCGAAUUAAAAUGGCAGCCUUCAUACGAAGGUCACGUUGUGUAUUGCCAAACAAUUUAUUUAAAGGAAAGGCUGAACUUUCGACGUCAUGUGCUGUAUGCACCGCAAGAAGGUUCAAAAAGGUGAUCCCUGUAAGAGAAGACGAGAACGGGCUGCCAUCAAAAGCCAUGGCUCGUUCAGAGUUGAAUUCACUGAGCGAUCGGGGGUUCUGUAAGACUAUGAAGCCGUACAAGCCAGUCGAUGAUGUUGAGGACAAAGUCAAGGCCAUAUACGAAGACGUGCUUGGACAAAAAGCCGACAGCGCAUGGCUGCAGGCACCCAUCACAGAGCCUCUGCUUAAGUUUAGGUUGCUGACAAAGUGCAUCAGUGAAUUCGACCACGACAUCCCAAGCUCCGAGCUGCUGAAUGUAAAGUGUGUUGAUGAUAUAGUGGAGUACUUCUCCACACCUGUUGAAGGACUGUCGCCUUAUGAAUCCCUCGUCCAGCGGAAGGAUCAGCUGCCUGAAAACCUCCAUGUCAUCCCAAACUAUGUUCGCUUUCACCCCGAGACAGACACUUUCUUUGGGGGUGUAAAUGCUUAUCCAGGAACAUCAACCAUUGUCACAGGCCUCAAAGCCAAGAAAAAGUACAAAGGAUACACUUCGAGUCCAACGUGGCCAUACAUAACCACUAGCACCUAAAAAAAGAAAAGGACAGUAGCUUUGCGAACUAUCUUUUAUUGUUCAUUUUUCAACCUUACUACAGCUUACUGUACUGAGAAACUGAAUUGAAAUAAACCAGCAGCCUAGCUACACAUA